UUGGUCCCAGUCUCCACUUUUAAUUCGCGCUCCCACACAACUCCGGGUGAUGCAGACCUAACUGGGAAUCUAGACCGACUGGCCGGGAAGACACACGAGCACCACAUUCAUGACCGACUUUUUGGAUUGUAAUAUCAAUAAACCGUGGAAGAUUGAGGGAAAAUUGAAGAAAAACUUGGAAUCUAAUCUGAGUAUUUUUCCGUCUUGUUUCCAGGGGGAGUGAGUUACGAGGACAGCUCUAGGAGGACAUCAAACAGACUAGACCAGCAGCCUUCCACCUCCCCGCACCAUGCUGCUCAGAGCACCCCUCACUGCUGUCUGGCUGGCCCUUCUACUCAGCUGCGGAAGUGAAGCCAAACCAAACGGAUCCAAGAACAAGAAACCAAAACAAGUGGUUCCAGCCAUAGAGUGUGAUGUCCGGGCGGGGAAGAUCAACCUCCCAGAAUUCAUAGCUAAAUGCCCGUCUGACUGUAAACAGACAAAAAGUCAGGUUUAUGGGACAGGAGUCUUCGCUUCCAUCUCCAGCAUCUGUAACGCUGCCAUACACAGCGGUGUCAUCACUAACUCAGGGGGUAAAGUGAUUGUUAGGAAGAUGGCUGGACAGAACAUCUAUAAAGGCUCUAACUCCCACGGGCUCCGAUCUCUGUCUCUGCCCAAGUGGAGAGAGUCCUUCGUUGUCUCAGUUGGUAAGCCUAAGAAAGGAGUCAUCUAUCCAUCUUCUCUGGACUAUAUUCCCUCGAGACCUACCUACAGCAAAUCAGGUCAGAAAGAGACCAAAGCCCCUGUGGUCACUACCGUAAUGCCGGCUACAACGCCAGAACCCACCAGGACUACCACACCUCCACCCACUACGGUCACCACCACACCUCCACCCACUACCACCACAACCCUCCCACCCACCACCACUACUACAACAGCCAAGCCCCGCGCUGCUGUCCACAAAGCCAGGGAUACAGACAGCAGUCAUCCGUACUUUGCGUCUGUAGCAGCAGCCUCCAGUGCAAGGCAGUCACAGAAUGGCCACGGAAAGGUGACAGCCCAAGCAAUCAGAGGCGGUACCUACACCAGUAGGUUUCCAUCACGAGCCAAAGCAGGUCUACGGAGACCAGAGGCUGUCGGGUCUCCUACCAUCAGGAGACAACCAGCCCCCGGACACCACUCCGGGACAGCUUUCAACCGAGUUGUACAGAUGGUCCCAGCAGAGAGGAACCAGCAGCAGCAACAGAACAACCCCACUUUGGCUCGUAGGGAUAGGCCGCCCACUUCCUUCGCACGACCUGAUUGGUACCCUGGAGCGAGACGGCCAACAGACGUAAGUCAAGCAGCUCCAGAUUCAGGCUACACGUGGAGCGAGGCGGAGACAGCGCCAGAGAUGACAGCCCGCGACCCCAGGCCUGAUAUCUCCGAGUAUGAACGCUGGUAUUAUAACUUUGGACAGUACCCACCCCAGUCCACAGACGCCGAGCCACAAGACACAACUCACACUAGAGUGGGACCAGUGGACUCCUGGAAACCAGAAGUGAACCCUUCUGAUUCAGGAUUCAGUGUGAGAGAGCAGGACUCACUAGCCCCAGGAGCUGACCCAGAGCCUGUUACUCAGGGAGACCCAAACUGUAAAGUUGACAUAGCAUGGCUGAUGGACGGUAGCUGGAUUAUUGGGAUUUUCCUACUUAAGAUCCAGAAGGACUUCCUGGCUGAGGUGGCGCAGGUCAUCAACGUGGGCAUGGCCGGACCCAUGAUGGGCGUCAUCCAAUACGGAGAUGAUCCAGUCACAGAGUUCAGUCUGAAGGCCUAUACUAACUCCAGAGAGCUGAAACCUGCCAUAGACAAGAUCACACAGAAGGGAGGGAUGUCCAACGUGGGGAAGGCCCUCUCCUAUAUCAACAAACACUACUUCAGCGAUGCCAACGGUAACCGGGGCGGAGCGCCCAACGUGGCUGUGGUUCUGGUAGAUGGCUGGCCAACCGACAAGGUAGAGGAGGCAUCACGCCAGGCCAGAGAGUCUGGUAUCAACAUCUUCUUUGUGACCAUUGAGGGACCCGACGAGAACGAGAAGCAGAAUGUGGUGGAGCCGAACUUUGUGGACAAGGCGGUGUGCCGAACCAACGGUUUCUACUCCCUCCCCGUGUCGAGCUGGUUCGCCUUGCGUAAGGCAGUCCAACCCCUUGUCAAGCGCGUGUGCGACACCGACCGUCUCGUCUGCAGCAAGACCUGCCUUAACGCAAACGACAUCGCCUUCGUCAUCGACGGAUCCAGCUCUGUGGGCACCGGGAACUUCCGGACCGUCCUGCAGUUCGUCGCUAACAUCACGCGGGAGUUUGAGAUAUCGGACACGGACACACGAGUCGGCGCAGUACAGUAUACAUACGAACAACGGCUGGAGUUUGCCUUCGGCCAACACAACAACAAGGCUGAUCUGCUUAACGCCAUAAAGAGGACUAAUUACUGGAGCGGUGGGACCAGUACUGGAGCGGCUAUCACCUACGCAGCAGAGCAGCUGUUCAGCAAGUCCAAACCCAACAAACGCAAGAUCAUGAUCGUCAUCACCGACGGGAGGAGCUACGAUGAUGUCAGAGCUCCAGCGUUGGCCGUCCAUCGCCAAGGUGUGAUAGCGUACUCCAUCGGCAUCGCCUGGGCAGCGCAGGACGAGCUGGAAUACAUCGCCACCGACCCCGACAAGGAGCACUCCUACUUCGUAGAUGAGUUUGACAGCCUCUACAAGUUCGUCCCCAAGGUGGUCAAUAACAUCUGUCAGGAGUUCAACUCACAGCCACGCAACUGAGCUGAGCAGGGAGGGCACCUUAUUCCCUAUAUAGUGCACUACUUUUGAACAGGGCCCCUAGGGCCAUAGACCCAACUUGCUUACGUACACCUAUACUUAUAAAUCUGUGCUUACAUAAAGGAAACAAGGAAGGAAGGAAGGAAGGAAGAAUAUAUUUGUAAAGUUUUGAAACAGGGGCUUAGGGGCUGUAGGGAGGGGGUUAGAUAUUUGUAUUAGGAUCCCCACAAGCUAAUUAGCAGCACUAUCAUAGAGACAGGACAGGGUCUCUACAAAAUGUAUUACCGGUAAGUUCCCAAAAUGAAAAAUGGUUGUAAUAGUUGGUGCUGAAUGGGCAAUAGUUUAAUUCCCAUGGGAGGUUAUUGGUUUGAAGGCAGUGGGCAUACGAACAUUAAUAAAAUUGGCUCACAACGAUUAAACUUUGGCCAUGUGAUCUCAACUGUUGUUGGUGUUCUAGUAACAGUCAGGGACGUGUUUAAUGUUCUCACUCCUAAUCAUGUAACAUAACUGAUGACAAAGUAAAACACCUGGACGUGGUGCUUAUAGAGACACAUAGCCUUAUGGGGACAUGGUGCUUAUAGAGACACAUAACCUUAUGGGGACAUGGUGCUUAUAGAGAGACACAUAGCCUUAUGGGGACAUGGUGCUUAUAGAGAGACAUAGCCUUAUGGGGACAUGGUGCUUACAGAGAGACAUAGCCUUAUGGGGACAUAACCUUAUGGGGACAUGGUGCUUAUAGAGACACAUAGCCUUAUGGGGACAUGGUGCUUAUAGAGACACAUAACCUUAUGGGGACAUGGUGCUUAUAUGGGGACAUAGCCUUAUGGGGACAUGGUGCUUAUAGAGACACAUAGCCUUAUGGGGACAUGGUGCUUAUAGAGACACAUAGCCUUAUGGGGACAUGGUGCUUAUAGAGACACAUAGCCUUAUGGGGACAUGGUGCUUAUAGAGACACAUAGCCUUAUGGGGACAUGGUGCUUAAAGAGACACAUGGCCUUAUGGGGACAUGGUGCUUACAGAGACACAUGGCCUUAUGGGGACAUGGUGCUUACAGAGACACAUGGCCUUAUGGGGACUCCCUCUUAAGGCCUAAUAACACAGUGCAGAAAUACAAUAUGGUGCUUUACAGUAGACUGAGGUUGGAAAAGGGAUCAGACUGCAGACAAUUAUCUUUGAAGAGGACCGACAGUCAGACCACAUUAUGGGAUUUACGCCAUAUUAUGGUCUUCUCAUCAGAAUUUGACCAUGUGUGUUUAUACUGCGUGGUCUUUUAUUGAGGAGAGAUUUGAUUUUAAGGACAUUGUGCAAGUUUUUUUCAACAAAAAACCCCCCCAAUGUUGUGCCAAGAUUGACAUUCAUGUUGGUGUUCUUUCUUUGGGUUUUGUCGUCAGAGUCAUGAUUGGAUGUUAUUGAUACAUGCUGACUGAUAACUUUGGAAGUGAAAGCCAUAUAACACUCCAUCCACAAAAACUGAAGCAGCCAUACUUCUGACUUAGCAUGUUAGCGGCUAACAAGGAUGGAUUUUAACCUGAAAGACCCAUUCUUCUGACUUAGCAUGUUAGCGGCUAACAAGGAUGGAUUUUAACCUGAAUGACCCAUACUUCUGACUUAGCAUGUUAGCGGCUAACAAGGAUGGAUUUUAACCUGAAUGACCCAUACUUCUGACUUAGCAUGUUAGCGGCUAACAAGGAUGGAUUUUAACCUGAAUGACCCAUACUUCUGACUUAGCAUGUUAGCGGCUAACAAGCACAGGUUUAAACCUGAAGGACCCAUACUUCUGACUUAGCAUGUUAGCGGCUAACAAGCACAGGUUUAAACCUGAAGGACCCAUACUUCUGACUUAGCGGCUAACAAGCACAGGUUUAAAUCUGAGGGACCCAUACUUCUGACUUAGCAUAUUAGCGGCUAACAAGCACAGGUUUAAAUCUGAGGGACCCAUACUUCUGAUUUAGCAUGUUAGCAGCUAACAAGCACAGGUUUAAACCUGCAGGUAACAUCUUUAGCAGCUUUUCACAUUUCCAAUUAGAAAACGUCUUACUUGGGAACUCUAACUGGCUCCUGUCUUUUAAUCAAAACAAAUGAACAGUUCACUCUACUUACGUCAAAUUAAAGAAACGCUUCAAGAGGAAGUUGUAGUUUUCUACCAGCUCUGAUACUGUACCUAUAAAUAUAUCAAACUAAUACUUUUAACCUUAACAGUGUUCCUCACAAACUAAACCAGGGUCGUAUUCAUUAGUGCACAUCGUAGCAAAAACAUUUAACAAGGGAAAAAUGAAAAUGAGUUUCUUAUUGGACAGAUUCAAGUAGUCCCUCCCUGUUUCAGUCCAUUUUCAUCCAUUGGGUGACUAAUGAACACAACCCAGUUCCCUCUCCUCACUCUAUUCUUCCAAUAUAAUGUGCUUCCUUGUUCACAUGGCUGAUAUUGGUUUGUUCACAGUAUUUGUUCACAUGGCUGAUAUUGGUUUGUUCAGAGUAUAUAUAUAAUCUCUCCGUUUUCAGUUUUUAUCCUGUUUGUACAUAUGAAUAUUAAACAGCCUUGUCAUUUUCCAAUACAUAUUUGAUCAAUAUUUUAAAUGGGAUUUUUAAUAAAAUGAUUAUAAAAAAAUCA